GAGAAGAAUGCCCCAACCACAACAACCACCUUUACCUAUAAACGAAGACGAAACAGCAGCUCUCUUAGCUAGAACAAAUGAUUAUGGUUAUAUUCCCCCAGGUUAUGGAUGGAUAAAUGGAAAUUUAUUAAAAGAACACCAAAAACAACAACAACAAUUAAUUUUACCUUUUUAUUCCCCCCAAGGAAUGGAUAAUUCUUUAUUUUCUAAUGAUGAUCAAUUAAUAAUACCUCAAUUAAAAGAAAAUAUUAAAGAAGAAGAUGAAGACGGGGGAGAUUCCUUAAAUAAAAAUAAAAUAUUAAAUCGUUCAAGAAAAGAACAAUUAGCGUUAAAAAUAGAUAGAUAUUCGGCACUUUUAUUUCCUGCUUUAUUUGCUCUUUUUAAUGUUUUUUAUUGGUAUCAUUAUAUGACUGAAUAA